CUGUGCCACAGCUUGACACCCAAUCUAACAGUUUCUUACAGCUUGGGGUCAAUGGGAAUGGGACGCUUCCAUUGUCAAGGUGCCUAGACGCUUUGAAACCGUCGUGAUGAAGGAGGGUCAGAAGGAGGCGCUACUAAAAGACAUCAAGUCGUUCCUUGCUCAAGGCGAAUGGUUCCAGAAGAGAGGUAUCCCAUACCGUCGCGGUUACCUACUCCAUGGACCUCCAGGUACUGGCAAAACGUCUACCAUCGAAGCCAUUGCGGGAGAGCUCCAUAUGAACGUGUCCAUCAUUAGUCUUAACAAUGAACUUGAUGAUAACCGGUUCUUGUCCUGCUUACAACACAAGCCUCGCAAUUCCAUUCUAUUGAUUGAAGACGUUGAUUCGGUUAAAAUGAACACGAACGAUGAACCGUCCGAUACCACCAAGACUACUAGCGGCGGAAUCUCUCUAAGCAGCUUGCUAAAUGCUUUGGAUGGCAUCGUUGGUCAAGAAGGGUCGGUGGUCUUCAUGACGUGUAACGAUACUAGCAAACUUCCACCUGCUUUGUUACGCCCUGGUCGAAUCGACAUGAAGCUGCACAUGGGGUUGGCUGAUGAGUUUCAAAUCCGCCACAUGUAUAAACGAUUUUUUGACGAAAGUGCCAGCCAUGACCUCGAACGACUUAUCAAGCUACUCCCCAAGGAGGAAAUUGCUCCUGCUGAGCUUCAGAACUUCUUCAUGAUGUAUUCGCUGCAAAAUGCAACGAAGAACAUCUGUGACGGUGUGGAUGAUUUCCUCGAGGAAGUUCGCAAGGACCGUGAACAAGCUAGACGCCAUGCCGAACGCAUGAAGCAGAAGAGAGACAUCUACGGUAAUUUAUCAAGUGAUGGUACACCCCCACCCACCCCAACUUCAGACGAUGAAUUACAAAAUCUAAAAAAAAUCGUCCUGAAGGUAGCAGAGAACGGCCACCUCUGCUUGGCUCAAUCUUAAAAAAAAACCACCUCUGUAUUACAUUUGUUAUACUCACUAUUUCGCAUACAUUUUCAUGGCCUCUCACUACACUUAACUUUCACAACCACAUCCCAUCCCAUCUAAAAGUUCACGCCCAUCAGGGUUUGUCUGCUUUCUUUUAAACCAUCGCGCUAUUUUUUCUUGAUCAACCAUGAUGUUCUAUAAAAAUAUUCCACUGCAAACCUAAAUGAA